UGGCAGCCUGUCUUUCGGUUGCACACUCCGAUCUUUAACCUCCCUGUUGCUACCCAGUUCCUACCCACCUUCCUAGUCCCUCGUUUCGCUUGGACGAACCGCCGCCGUGGAGAUUUCUCUUGACCAAACACAUUCCAUCGCCCAGCACCUCAAUUGAACCCGACAACGUUUACUCCGGAUAUCGCUGACCGCAGUGUUCCUGGCCCCCGCAUCGGGUGUCAUCUCUACGUCCUGCGAAUCGUUGGACAGCAACGCUCAGAACACGGGUGAAACCAGUCUUCGGUUUACUGGACCUAAUUAGGUCUAUUCAGCACGGCUUCCUAUCUCGUCGUACACUAUCGCGGAACCGCCCACUCGUUCACGUCGAACAACCUGUCCUAGUUCCAACCCAGUGACUGUUUCGGGCGCCGGAGGCAAGGUAGUCGUGAUGUUUCGCGCCCAGCAAAACGCCUUUGACGAUGCAGUCGCCAAGGCGACCGACGAGAACCUGACAUCCGAAAACUGGGAAUACAUUCUGGAUGUCUGUGAUAAAGUGGGUUCGGAGGAGUCAGGGGCGAAAGAUGCUGUUGCCGCUAUGAUUAAGAGACUCGCGCACAGAAACGCCAAUGUGCAGCUCUACACUUUGGAGUUGGCGAACGCUCUGGCUCAGAACUGCGGUCCCAAAAUACAUCGCGAGUUGGCGUCUAGGAGUUUCACUGAUGCUCUUCUACGCCUAGCCAAUGACCGAAACACCCAUCAGCAGGUCAAAUCGAAGAUUCUGGAACGCAUGCAGGAAUGGACAGAAAUGUUUGCCAGCAACCCAGACUUCGGUAUAAUGGAGCAAGCAUACAUGAAACUGAAGACGCAGAACCCGAACCUGCAGCCUCCGUCGAAGCCCGGUAAGAGAGAAAUCACCGACACGGAUCGCCAGAAGGAAGAGGAGGAACUACAAAUGGCGCUCGCACUUUCAAUAAGAGAAAAGCCUACUGUGGCUGCUGCGCCCCAGCCUGAAGCCAGCUCUAGCGCCGCCCCGGUCAACCAGGCACCUGCUGCCGCCUCCCAACCAGUGCCAUCGGGUACUUCUGCAGCCACGGUUUCGCGGGUGAGAGCACUGUUCGACUUUCAGCCCUCCGAACCCGGCGAACUGCAAUUUCGGAAGGGAGAUGUUAUAGCUGUGCUUGAGUCGGUUUAUAAGGAUUGGUGGAAGGGUUCUUUGAGAGGCCAGACUGGCAUAUUUCCCCUCAACUACGUCGAAAAACUCCCUGAUCCAACGGUGGAGGAGUUGCAGCGGGAAGCCCAGAUGGAAGCCGAUGUCUUUGGUCAGAUCAAGAAUGUGGAGAAGUUGCUGACUCUUCUCAGCACUCGUAGCUCUGAGCUGAAUGUGCAAGACAAUGAAGAGAUCACGGCGUUGUAUCACUCAACAUUAGCCAUCCGGCCCAAGCUGAUCGAGCUCAUCGGAAAGUAUUCACAGAAGAAAGACGAGUUCACGCAGCUCAAUGAGAAGUUCAUCAAAGCCCGAAGAGACUACGAGUCUCUCCUUGAAGCGUCCAUGUCCCACCCAGCACAACCCCAGUAUGGCCGACCCGCCCAACCUCCGUACGGUUAUCCUGGGGCUGCCGCUCCUGUGGGAUAUCCCCAAGGCCCGCCGCCGGCUGAUCCCCAACGAUAUUUCAGUCCCCGUCCUCAAGAAACACAGCCCCCUCAGCCCAACCCAUCGGCAUACUAUGGUGCGGAUCAAGCGCAGGUGUAUCCUCCAAGCUCACAAUCGCCCGAUCCCCGUCGCACGCCCCCUACUGGCGCACCAUAUCAGCAACAGCAACGCCAAUCUUCCACCGAGUCCUAUCAGCCAGUGUAUCAUCGUCCCGAAUCCACGUAUGAAAACCCGCAAGAACUGGGCACAUCGGUUUACGAUUCCCCUAUCGAGCAUCCGUCCUCAGGCCAGCGUCCUCAGUAUUCUGGCCAUGUGCAAGUCCCGGCCGCAGUUCAGCAGCAUUUCCAGCAGCAACAGCAACAACAACAACCGCAACCGGAAUACCCGGCCUCUGCUUACGCUCCUGAAGAUGCUUCUCGACCCCCGGCUGGUGCCAGCUCUGCCCACCAACCGCAGCCCCCCUACCCGUCACACCAAGCACCACCGAUGCAUCAACCUCCGCCAAUUCCGGGCACCUCAACGACACCUACGCCCUAUCCUGCUCUGAACGCCGGGGGAAGUUAUCAGGCGUAUAACCCGUCACAAACCGAUGUAUCCAACCCCGCUUCGUUCUACCGGUGAACGUAAGGUUCGUUAAGUUGCGGAUGCCUCAUUGCAUUGGGCGUGAUAACUCGCUGCAGGCUUCUUUUUCCGAGCCCGGGCCGUGGGCCAGGUACUGGGUUCUGGAUCUGUUGUUUUACUAGCGUGCCUUCUGCGUUGAUGUUGUACUGGUUCCUGACGGAGAUAGGUUCAAUUUUCCGGCGAGAGGGAUGUGCAUGUGAAUUUAAUCGUAAUGCAGCAACCGACUUCGCUCAUUCCGCAUGGAGGUUGCUACGGCCUGGUGCUACAGUAUAUGAAGCACAUGAUAUCAUCAUACAGUGUGGAUUGAUUGUUAUCUUAGAGAAACUCUUAUGCCUAGCCGUACAAG